AGUCUCUUCCCAUUUGGAUCUCGCAGAGUCAAAAGCAAAAUUUCAUUUCUGGAAGCUAUAGCAAUCUUAUCGGAGUGAAAUUAAUGGAGUAAAGUUGAAAGGACAGAAGUUAUUAUUCUUGAAUAUUAAUAUUAUCGAAAUUGUGAAUUUAUUAUUGUGCGAAAGUAUAAAUAAAUUAACUUUGGUGAAGGAGAAAAUUAUUGGUGAUUUUUGUUACUUGGUAACGUGUGUUGCUGACACAGAGAUCCAUCCACGAGGUUCUUUUGAAGACUUUCAAACAAAGUUUUUCACCCAACAAGAACAUUUGGCCUUUCAUUGAGAUUUCACAAAGAAGCAACAAGAGGAUCAAAAAUUAGCCAGUUAGCUCAUCACUUGUGAGAUAGGCAGAGAAAAGUAAUAUCUGAUUGAAUUGGUGGUUUCAAGUACACCCCUGGGAAUAUGGUAGCAUCGCAUGAGGCAGUCAGCUGGGAUGUUGAUCAUCUCGCGAGCGACCCUUGAUCAGACAGUGUCUGUUGGGUGCAUAAUGGAAUGUCCAGCCAAUAAGUGUGUGGUAUUGUGAUUGAACCAAAGUGAUUCUGUUGGAUGCUCAAUGGGCAAGUGAGGCAAACUAGGGUAAGGAUGCAGUGUCUGUUGAUCCUUUUCACCAUCAUCCUAUGGAUGGGAGCAACGUUUGCCCGCUAUUCACCUGUACUCAUGGACAACAGCCUCCAUACAGAAGACAUUGAUGACAUCAUAAGUUGCCCUAGUUGUCAACACAAUCUCCACAGUGAUGAUCUCCUUCAACUCAGAAUAGAGUUUGUCAAGAAUCAAAUAUUGCAGAAGUUGCGUCUUAAAGAGAGACCAAAUGUAUCACGUAGUUCUUUGCCUAUGCCCAUCAUUGAGGGUAUCAUCAUCAACAAAGAUCAACUAGAAGACAGUGAAAAUUCUUUAAAUAGAAAGCAUAGAGAUGACUACUAUGGCAAAACUACACAGAAGAUAAUUUUUUUAGAUGAAGAUCAUCGACUGUGCAGCCGAGAUGCCCAAUGUUUCUCCUUCCAGAUUCCGAGUGACGUUCAUGCCGAUGAAGUAGAAUCGGCCAAUCUCUGGCUGUAUAAACUACCAGAUCCCAUGGAUUCCCAUAAUCAGACAUUUGUCAUCAGUGAAUUGGCUCACUGGGAUCCAGCUAGAAAAUUUCCCAAACGCAGCCCUCUGGCCAUCCAUGAGACACCUGUGGGAGAAGGCUGGGUUCGGGUUGGUCUUCAAUGGGCAACACGUCGUUGGGUUGAACAUCGUGAAUGGCGCCAUGUUCUCCAUGUUUCUUGCAAGACAUGCUCAGGUGCAUCAGUUGUAGCUGGUAGUGUGCCCCGGCAACCCUUUAUUGUGGUUGAUGUGAGCUCAAACGGGGGCGGAAAGCGGGUUAGACGAAAUAUUAACUGUAGCGCGGGAGUUACGGAUUGUUGCCGUGAGAGGCUGUAUGUGAACUUUGCUGAUAUCGAAUGGGAUGACUGGAUCAUCUACCCACCAGGCUAUCAUGCUUACUUUUGCCGCGGAUCCUGUACAUCCGUGGCCACAAUUGCCCAGGGAUCCCAACAUAAUUAUGUUCUCAGAAAAUACAUGAUGCGCAAUUAUCAACAAUCUCGAACUCUCCGGAUGACAACGUGCUGCACAGCCACAGAAUUUUCAGCCUUGCAGCUUUUCUAUCUGGACAGCAACAAUACGGCCACCCAAAAGGUUUUGCCUAAUAUGAUUGUGGAGGGAUGUGGAUGUAUGUAGAGUACCUUGUGCUCUCUUACCCCUAAAUCUAAUUUACUAUGUAUUUAAUGUCGCACAAAAAAUUACUUUUGUUUUGAAAAAUGUUUUCGAAACGAAAUGUGAGGGUAGGUCAGAUGACUACAGCUAGGUUUCACUUAUUCUCACAAAAAAUUCAAAAACAUACUUACAAAACAUAAGAUAUUGUGCGUUGCUCGCAAUAAUGUAAAAUAAAGAGAUUAUAUUUAUUGUUAGAAAAAAAAA